UUUCGUUCAUAACCUGUUUAGAUCAGUUUAACCCAGGUUUAAGGGACGGUGGUCUCAUACUACAUUCCCAUUGGCUCAGUGGAGGCUGAAGGCAGCGUCCCUCCCACUGUAGUUGUUUUUGUUUUUGGAUUAAAGAAACCUUUUGGUGGAAUAGUAACAUUGUGGAUUCUGCAGUUCAGAAUGAAGAUCUUGGUUUUUCUGGCCCUCCUGGGUCUACACAGCACAGCGGCAGUGACUCAUUCUUUGAAAUAUAUCUACACUGCGUCCUCUCAAGUCCCAAACUUCCCAGAGUUUGUGACUGUUGGGAUGGUUGAUGAUGUUCAGAUUGAUCACUAUGACAGCAACACCACGAGAGUAUUACCCAAACAGGACUGGAUGAACAGAGUCACAGAAGAUGACCCACAGUACUGGGAGAAUGAGACUCAGAUCGUUACGGGUCAACAGCAGCUCUUCAAAGACAACAUUGAAAUUUUGAAGCAGCGUUUCCUUCAAACUGGAGGUGUCCACGUUCUCCAGUGGAUGUACGGCUGUGAAUGGGACGAUCAGACUGGAGAGGUUUAUGGUUAUACUCAGUUUGGUUAUGAUGGAGAAGACUUCAUAGCAUUUGACCUGAAGACAGAGACAUGGAUCGCUCCAAAACAACAGGCUGUCAUCACCAAAUACAGGUGGAACAAUGACAGAGCUUUGAUCGCACAGACAAAGAACUACUUCACCCAGACUUGCGUUGACUGGCUGAAGAAGUAUGUGAACUAUGGGAGGAGCUCUCUGAUGAGAACAGUUCUUCCCUCAGUGUCUCUCCUCCAGAAGACUCCCUCCUCUCCAGUCAGCUGCUUCGCUACAGGUUUCUACCCUGACAGAGUCAUGAUGUUCUGGAGGAAAGAUGGAGAGGAGCUUCAUGAGAACGUGGAACUUGGAGAGAUUCUCCCCAACCAUGAUGGAUCCUUCCAGAUGAGUGUUGAGCUGGACCUUUCAUCAGUCACACCUGAAGACUGGAGGAGGUACGAAUGUGUGUUUCAGCUCUCUGGUGUGAGGGACGACAUCAUCACCAAACUGGACAAAGCUGUGAUCAAAACCAACGAAAGUUCAUGAAUAAAUCGUCCACUGGAACGAAAACAGAUCCCAAAUUCUCCAGUUCAUCUGUAAACUUAAUAAAUUGGUUUUAAUUAUUCAUGUCAUAAAUUUACAGUUGCAGUUGGAGUUAAAAUCUGGUCAAUCUUCUAGUUUGUGAUUAUUAAGAUUGGAUUACUACUUUAAGAAAAAACAUUUUAAAAGGCAUAUUUUUCCUAAAAAUAUGAUUUAGUACAAAAUUACAAAUAUUUUACAGAUCUUAUCAAACUCGAGCCUGAUGUUAAAAUGUUUUAAAUAACAAAUAAAACGUAUCUGACAAAACUAAUUCUUCAGUGAUUAUAAACACUAUUGGAUUCUUUUCUCUAUACAUACGUUCUGGUUGAGACUGACUCUCACCAGCAGAUGCUGCUGUUGUUUUUUGCAGUAAUAGCCAAUAAGAAUGACUUAGGUCAAAUGGAAAACAGAAGUAAGUCUCACAUGUUCAGAGGUCAGAAAUGUGAUGACUGAGUCUGCAUCCAUCCUUCUUUGUUGUUUAUGGAAAGCAUUACCUGUGAGUAUUUUCAAUCAUUAACAUGCCUUUAAAUAUUAUCAAUAACUAUUUUUUGAUUUGCAAGGGUUACUUUUCUGUUCCUACCAAGUUUGCUGUUCUUUGUGUCUCUGGUUGUAUCAGGUCACUGCAGACAACUUAAUGGUAAAACUGGUAAAAGGGACAUAGGUUUUCUUUCUCUGCUGAGUUUCUGUAAACAUGUAAGAUGUUGAAUAAUAAUGCUUAAAAAUCACUUCCUGUGUUGAAUUACAAAAAUGAAUGUCAGUGUCUGCUGUUUGAUUACUUUCAAUUAAAUGAACCUAAUUCUAAAAGUCUGACUACUUUUGUUAAUGCAUUAAGUGCUCACUCAUCUGUGAUUGUAGUUACAGUAAAAUGAAUAUUGCCUGAUUACUGAUUAUUAUCAUAGAUUAAAUAAACAUGGCUUCAACAUGA